AGGGCAUGGUUGGGGGCCACAGAUAGUGGCUGUGUUUGAUCUGAAGGUCGCCAGCCCCUUGCUGCUGUUGAGAGAUCCUUGGCGGACCAGGCUGGCUCUUAUUUAAUAACAUGAAGGGGAAGCAGACCUUUCUCUCAUAAUUAGGCCUAAUUACCCAGUWGGUGUGGACAGACGGCCCAAGAAGAGACAAACUGUCUUUAUCCACAGACUUAGAGUCAGAUUACCCAGAGCUGUCUUAUCUGUUUCGGGGCCAGCAGGAGCCUCAGUCCUCCUUGCUUGCCUCUCCUGUAUCCUUCUCAGGUAUAUUAACCAGUCAGCCUGAUUUAUUACGCCUGGGCCAUGACACGCAGCUUUAAUUAGAUCUGUUCAUUACUCGGUUCCAAUAAAUGGGAGAGCAUUUUAUGUGAUCUUGUCAGGUUAGAAGGGUGACAGAGAUUUACUGCUCUUUUUUGGCAUUUGUUAUCUGCAGCUCAAUCGCUUCAUAAAGACUUCUGAUGUACACUUAUUAAAACUGAGCCUAGAAAUUCUGGAGUGGUUCAGUUGUUUGUUCUGUAGGAUCCACUUGAAAACUUGCAUCUGCCAGAUUUGGGAUUCAACGUGUCAUGAAAUGGUUUAGUUCUCAGCUGCCUCCAUCUGUUGGCAAGGACAACUUUAGGGUUGUUGUGAGCGGGUUUGAGUGACACCUCGCCACCGUUUUGUUUGUUUACAGUAUCUGUGACUCUUCCUGAGCCGCCUGCGUGUUUGUGUUUGGGUUUGUGGGCGACUCACUUGCAGCCACAACAACAGACCCAUUGUUUGGGGGGCAGUUUCUGGGACUGAAACUGCUGACGCCUGGAAAAGAGUGGCAACGCUCCACUGAGGAAGUAGUGGCAGGGGAAAGUGGCUAUUAUAUUCAUCACUUGGUUUGGUUUUAGAGUCCUUCAGCAAACUGGUCUCCAUCACCGGUCUGGGCUGUUUGUCGGUUUGUGAUUGACAGCGAGCUAUGCCUAUCUGUAGAAAGUUUUUGCAGUUCCUGGGUUUUAGACAAUGAGGACAACCAGUUUCAGGCUGCUGUAUUUGUGACUCAUAGCUUCACGCAGGCUUUGCUGCGAAAAGGACAAUAAGGCACUCUUAAUCCACCUGUUAUCAGGAUGAGCCUCCCCCUGUCACACACACAACUGCAGGACGGUGGCUCAGGAAUGUAGCCUUACGCACCCUUUUCAGGAGGAGCAGCUUAACACAUAGCCCCUCACAAAAACACUAGUGACAGUUUGUUCACUUGUUUUUUUUUUUCUUCAUAAAACCUCCCCUACAAAUAUCUACUUACCUUUCUUUCAGUGAUAGUUCACAGCAUCCUCACACCUGCACAUUGAUUUAAUGGUUGAUCAAUGUCCCGCCCUGCUCCAAAUCCCAUUUACACUCUGCGAGGGGCUGGUGGUGCCCUCAACACACUCCACUUUAGAUGUAAUGGACAGGACUCCCCCCUCCUGUUUUCUGGGUCUGAAAAUGGUGCCGUCCACAUCUGGAACCUGAACAGCAGGAGGCCGGUGAAGGUUGUAGAGGCUCACACUGGGAGUUCAGUCAUCUGGGUCAGCACGCUGCAGUCCACCGGGUCUCUCCUCAGUCAGGGUCGAGACCUGCAGGUCUGUCUGUGGGACCUGAGGGACGGUGGCUGUGAGCUGCUGGACUCUGUGUGGACGGGCAGUGUUGGAUUCUGUCAGUGCUCCUUACUGGAGACGAGCUCAACAAACCACCUGCUGGCCUUUGCUGGACAACAGACAGAGGAGAUCAAGAUUAUUGAAUUGCCCAGUAAGAACCCAGUCUGCACCCUGAUACCAGAGGCAAAGCUGGGAAUGGUCAUGUGCAUAAAACUAUGGAAGCCAGAGUCGGGUGUCGGACCUCUCCUGUUGGCUGGAUAUGAGGAUGGUUCUUUGCUGCUGUGGGAUGUAACCCAGAGGUCCGUGCUGAGCCAAGUCAAAGCCCACCCUGAGCCCGUCAUGUGCCUGACCUUUGACCCGAAACGUCUGAGGGGCAUAUCAGGCUCCUCUGAGAAGAAACUCUCCUCCUGGAUGCUGGACAGCCAGAACAACAUACAGCUCCAGRACAGUGUGGUGCUGGUCAAUCCUGGAGUUUCCCAGAUUUGUAUCAGAGAGGACGGGAGACUUCUGGCCUCCGCAGGCUGGGACCACAGAGUGCGGAUAUUUGGCUGGAAGAAGCUGCGGCCUCUGGCGGUUCUACAGUACCACACUGACAUGGUGCUCAGUGUGGCCUUCUCAGACCAUCUGGACCCCAGACAAACACUGCUGGCUGCUGGAUCCAAAGACCAGCGCAUCAGUUUGUGGUCCAUAUACAACGAAGGAUCUGACACCGGCUGAAAGUCUCUGAGCUGUGGGAGGAUAUACAGACUUCUGAUCAUCAUCUAAACUAAUGUGACGGAGCCCAGUCUGUGACACUCAUGCACGUCAGUCAUAUAACUGUGCUAAAACAUUCAGACGUAUCUAGUUCUGAUUAAUAUAAACUGUUGUCUGGAAUUUGCCAAUGAUUUCAUUCCAUGCAGGAAGUUGGAGCAGAUCAGAAAUUAUCCAAAUAAAAAAUGUGUUUCUGCUCAGAUGUAACAACAUGUUUGUUAUGUUUGUAUUUCUUAAUGCGUAUUUUGAGUAUUUCAGAUUUUUAUUUAUAUUAAAAAAAAAACACUGCUGCAG